GUCGCACGUCCUGCACCUCAUCUCCCUCUCCCUCUCUCUGACGACUUCAUCCUCCAGCUCGCAUCUGCAACAGUCUCUCCGUGCUCGACCAAUAGGAGAAGCGGCAUCGGAGGCGACACAGGCUUGCGUUGCGUGUGGUCUGAAGAAACCAAGAAAAGAUCGAGAAAAAGAAGCAAAGAUAAAGGUGAUUUGAUUAAACAGCCAGUCAAGCAUCCAUGGGUUGCGGGCUGUCCACGCAGGACGACGGCGGCGGCGGCGGCGGGCCGCGGAGAAAACAGGGGAGCGUUGGCGACGUCGUCGUGUUCCUCCCGGGGCUCCGGACGCCGAGGAGCGUGGACUUCUCCGCCCAGGCGCUCGACGGGCGCCUUGACAAGAGCGCGGCAGAGAGGCUGUCGGCCCUGAGGGCGCGGGUCGUCGACAUGGCAAUGCAAGAAUCGGCGUCGGCGCUGAAGCCGAGGCGGAAGACCGCCGCGCGGCACGGAUCUAGCACUGCUAACCUGCUGCAGGCGCUGGAGGACUACCUGCCAGUCCUGCUAGGAUUGGUCAAGGAAGGUAGUCAGUCGAGACACAGCGUGCAGUUUGUCUGGACUAACCAAGAGGACAAUGCCGAGGAAACGGCCAUGGCGGACGCGUGGUACGAGGUGCUCUCCGUGCUUCAUUUGAUGGCCAUGGUCUGCCUGCUGCAGGCCAACUCCCUGCUUCUUCCCAGGGCAUAUGGCGACGGCUACGGGCCAAGGGUCUCUGAUGAGAGCAGACGUGCCACUGUAGACGUUUUCUUGAAGGCUGCUGGCUACUUGGAUUGCGCAAUUCGAAAAGUACUUCCACAGAUACCGUCAGAACUAAGGAGACAACUUCCAGUAGACCUGGCUGAAGGAAACCUCAAAGCUCUUAGCCUGCAAGCUCUGGGUCAGGGGGUUGAUAUGCAACUUGGGUUGGCAGUUGAUAGCCCAAAGGCCACUUUAGCAGUAAAAAGGCGCUUAGCUUGUGAGAUGGUCAAAUAUUGGAAGCAGAUUCAGGAGAGCAUUCCAGACCUUGCUGCGUCCGACGGAUGGGGAAAAAAGCAUCUACUGUUUGUCAAGUGGAAGUAUGUCGAAGCAAAGGCUGCAGCAUACUAUUUCCAUGGUUUGAUUCUGGAUGAAGGAAACAGUGAGAAAUCGCACGGAAUGGCAGUAGCAGCCUUGCAAGCUUCAGAGGAGUUUCUAAAAGAAAGCAAAAGAGCUUCUGAAGCCUUCCAUGCAACUCCUCCAACAUCCAGGAGCCCCACUCCUUUCGGAACAGCUAAGUAUCUGUUUGACAAGAUCCCAAAAGAUGCUUCAAGCAAAGUCCGGAUAAACCAGGACCUGUAUGCUCAAGAAAGGGUCAUUGGAGCGCCACCCCCAUUGCCAGAUUUCUCACUGGCACUAACACCUGAAGAUUAUGAUCUUCCUCCAUUAGACCCACUUUGGAACAAAGAGGACGGCCAUCAGUAACU